AUGAAAACAACCGUUACGAGAGUGAUUGUCAGGACUCCCUCCAAAGAGCCCGAUGGCCCCAAGGUUGACGCCAACAUGGUCCUUGUUGAUGGAGAAGUUGUAUUUUUCGAGGUCAAUGACGACUUCCCUAGCGCUGGGGAUGGCAUAGUCCUUGAGGCCAAUACCCGAGUGCCAAACUUUGUCGAGACAUCAAACAUGCUACCAUCUGUUCUCCCUCCGUUUGAACUUGCAUCGCUUCGACAAAGACUACACGAGCUUGCGUUAGCUGCAGGUUUUCAAAAUGCUGUGCUACAUAUCGAGGCUAAGCUACGCAAUUCUAGCUGCCAUUAUGCUCUCGCUCCUGACUCGGAUGGAUUGAUUGAUAUGCAGCUUAAGACACCGGCAGCCACGACGACGAAGCCAAAUGAUGUUUUUCUUCUGGAGAUCAAUCCCCGAGCACCAGGAUGGCAAGAGGUCGAUGCCACCGCUCGCACAUAUGGCGUCUCAUACUAUAGUAUCUCUCUUCUCAACGCCCUAGCCGACAAAGACCGUAUUCUGGCAUUGUCAAAGCCUUUCCAGGGAGGAUCUCAGUACAAUAUGUAG